UAUAUACGCGUAGCGUUCGGACUAUAACAUUCUCUCUCUUCUCGUCUCUGCGUCACUGUUAGGACUCGGUGAAUAAAAGAGAUCGGCGACCGGUACCCGGUUAGUAUUCGCGUGUUCUACGCGAGAAGCAUCACGAAGAAAGUAUUACUUAUGACGACAAUUUCCGUAAGAUAAGAAACGUUUUAUUCCACUAAAACCAGCUCUCGAACGAAGUAACAGAGCCAGUCUCCGUGAUAUUCGCGGCACGAAGUACAUACUCCGAUUUCGCACGACUGUACAACGUGAUUGUAAAAUUGAACUUGACCUACAUCCAAAAGAAAAAACAUUGAUGCAUCGUGAUGCGUGAUUUUUAAAGAGCUAAACUAAAAAAAAAGUUUGUUUUGAAAGUUCCAAGAAGAUUAUCUUAUCGUGUCUUCUCUCUCUCAGAUAUCUGAAAAAAUGACGCAAAUAUUGCUCCUAUUCGGCCUUGUAGCAGUGACCAGCAGUCAGAUUAUUUUUCCGGACCAGUAUGAAAUGAUGAAAAACUCGACGACUAGACCUUACGCUUACACCAAUGCUGUACGAGCUUCAGGAUCGUUUCCUGGUUAUUCCACACAAACGGCCAGCAAUAGCCAGCCUGCUCAAGGCACUCCGGAAUUCGCUGAUACCGCAAGACCAAUAGCACAAACACCAUCAGUGGCACAAGCAGCACCUGUAGGAUCGCCAAAUAGUCUGCAAUCUGAGCAAACAAAUUGGAACCAGCAUGUGAAUGAUCUCAUAGCUAAGGGAAUUGUAAAAUUCUCUUUGGACAUGGACAAAGCGAUUUACAACACCAGAGGCGUGAAUAGUCGAAGAGAAAACGUACUCUUCUCUCCGCUUAGUAUAAGCGUUGCUCUGUCGUUGGUUUUACUGGGUUCAGCUGGUAAAACUUUCGAAGAAGUUUCACGUGUGCUCGGUCUAGAAGUUAGUGUCGACAUAUCUCAACAUUCUGAAAUUGUUCAUCAAAUGUUUGGCCAGCUACUGGCUACCAUGAAUCACAGAAUCGAAGGCAGCAAUAUGCCACGCGUUAAUUCUGCUAGCGGCAUCUUUGUUCAGGAAGGAUAUCCGAUUCGCCCCGAAUUCGGUGCGAUAAGUGAAAAUGUGUAUAAGAGUGAAGUAGUAAAUCUAGAUUUUCAAAAAAAAGGCAGGGAAGCUCAAAAUAUUAUAAACAAUUGGGUUAAACAACGGACAAUGGGAAAGAUCGAAAGUAUAUUGGAUCAAGCACCAACUCCACUGACCAGCGUAAUUCUCUUAUCGGCGCUAUAUUUCAAAGGAGAAUGGAAUCAGCAUUUUAUAAAUGGUCAAACACAGAGAAGAGACUUUUUUGUCGAGCCGAAUGACGCAGUUAAAGUUGAUAUGAUGUUCAACGGUGGUGACUUUCCUUUUUACGAAGAUAAAACAGUAAAAAUACUAGCUUUACCAUAUAAAGGUUUAGAGAUGUCAAUGUAUGUGCUUCUGCCGAAAACCGAAGGAGCUACUGCUUUAAAAAACUUCCGCGAUCAAUUGUCAGCUGAAAUAAUUGAAAACUUGAUAAGCAAUCUCAAAAAUCAAACUUGCAUCGUUGGCUUACCUCGUAUGAAACUUUCAAGCACAUUGAAUUUAAAUCAAGCUCUUCAAAGUUUAGGUUUAAUCUCAUUGUUCGAUCCAAAAACUGCGGAUUUGAGUCUUUUGUCGAGUGGAUAUGGUCAAGCUCCGGUAACAAGGACGACUUCAUUCACUACGUCACAGCCGGUACCAAUAGCAUCACCAUCGCCGAUUCCGCAAACGAUACCGCAAGCACUACCGCUGGUUUCUUCGCAACAAGUGCCGAGCAGCAAAUCUGAACAAUUUCUAAUUUUCCCACGGAUCGGCGAGGAUAACCAUGGUGUAAGAAAAAAUUAUUUCAUCAGGUACGACGAUACAAAACGCUGUUUUAACGUAGAACAGUGGAGUACAGGAUUUCACAUUCGCAACAUUUGUAGAACUCGCCGUGACGUUGUGAGCAGAAGAGAGAACGACAGUAAAUCAUCGCAAACGUUGUAUGUCACGGAGAACGAGGAUCCUAAGAAAAAUACGCUAAAAAUUAACAAUGGCAAUACAAAAUACGUGAGUUUAGAUGAGAAUAAAUAUCGUUUUCACAAUGCUAAGAAAAACACGAAAAACAGAAGUAGACGCCAGAGCCGACCGAUAGAUGAGAGUUUCUUGAGAUUCGUGCGGAGUCAGAAUUUCGUAUCGUAUGAUCUGGACAAGCUUCGUAACAGCGGAAAUCUCGUGAAUCCAGGUCUGUUCGCACAUGAAGUGCUACACAAGGUAGAAAUGGAUGUAACAGAGAAAGGAACAGAGGCCGCAGCGACGACUGGGGUGAUCCUGCAGCGAGACGGUAGUCAAAAAAAGCUGAUAGCCAAUCGACCUUUUCUCUUUUUCAUCAGGCACAAACAAACAAAAUUAAUUCUUUUCUGGGGAACAGUCAAUGCACCGACUCCGAACUACACUGUUAGAUGAGAUGUACCGUGAAAGAUUUUUUUAUAUGUACAUUUAUAUAUACUCUUCUUUACGAUUAAUUUACACGCUUAUAUAUUUUAAGUAUAUUUUAAGUAUAUUUGUGCUUCUUUUGAAUUACGAACAAA